AACAACAACAGCAGCAACUGCGAUUGCAAUUGCAACUGCGGCAGCUAACCACGCGACACAGCGGCAACCAGCGGAGUUCUGUCCAUAUUGCCAUUAAAAUAUGGGCCAAGAGAUAUCCCAACAGCAGCAGCAACACCACAACCAGAACCACAACCAGAACCACAGCCACAGCCACAACCACAACCACAGCCAUAACCAGAACCACAAUCACAAUCACAAUCAUAACCUCAAUCAGAACGUGAAGCGUGCACAGCAGGCACAUCGCAAGAGCUACAAGGAUCCCAUCUAUACGCCAGCCAGCAAUCUAUCGAGCAGCUCCAGCUCGAACAGCACCGACGACUACGACGCCAACUAUCGAUUGCGUCACAAAUACAAUCUAACCAAACAGACAUACGAACGGACCAAAGUGCUGGGCAUUGGCAGCACUCAAUCGGACAGUGAUUCGCACUACGCCAAGUUAAAUCACAACAACAACAGCAGCAAGUACUUGCAACGCAGCUCGUCGCAGAGUUCGGACAGUGGCAUCUACAAUUCGUCGUGUCAUUGCUCCUCGUUGUCAUCGCUGUCGGCGGUCAGCAGCAGUUCGGCAAGCUCGAGCAGCGGUUGUCCCAGUUCUCUGGUGUCGAGUAAAUCGAGUCGUUCGUUGGACAAACAGAAACACUAUUUGAGCCACCAUCUGUAUAUCAAAUCCUAUCUGGAUAUCUUGGAGGAGGACGAACGGGCGCGCGCACACUUCAAGUCAGCGCGUCCGGGCGGCAUACGCAAUUAUACGCCGAAAAUCCUCGGCGGUGAUUCGGCGAGUUCAACACUCUCAGCCAGUGCACCUGCAUCGAGUUUCGGUUAUCCGUCACAUCAGACAUCAGCUUCUAAGCAGCGAAGCAGCGUUAAUUCGACGACAGCUGUGGUUACGGGCAGAAAUUGUAAGGACGAUCCUUGGAUUUGA